GAAGAAAUUAAAAAUUGGGUUAAUAAUUUAAGCGUUAAAAUUCAUCCGUUAAUGAAUGAUAUUUUGCAGAGGAUUGGGCAUGGAGGAAGAGAAGAAACUAUCCUCUGUAGCUAAGAGAUUCGUCCCUUCACCAAUUCAACAACUCUCUCUUCUUGCUCAGCAAUGCGACGCCAUCAACCUUGCCGAAGGAUUUCCAGAUUUUCCCGCGCCUCUCACCCUAAAAAACGCCGCCGUUUCCGCCAUUAACUCCGAUUUCAACCAGUACAGGCACGUGCAGGGGAUAUGUGACGAACUGGCGAAGAUAGUAAAGAAAACUCAUGGCUUAGAUGUUAACCCUCUUACUGAUAUUGCUAUUUGUUGUGGUCAAACUGAGGCAUUUGCUGCUGCUGUAUUUUCUGUGAUAAACCCUGGUGAUGAAGUUAUAAUUUUUGAUCCAUCGUUCGACACAUAUGCAAGUGUUUUAUCCAUUGCUGGGGGAAUUCCAGUAUAUGUAGCACUUGACCCACCUAAGUGGACUCUUGACCCAAAUAAACUUUUGAAGUCCUUUACGGAUAGAACAAAAGCUAUAGUAUUGAACAGCCCGCACAAUCCAACCGGAAAAGUUUUCUCCAAAGUUGAACUUGAUACAAUUGCGAGAGCUUGCUGUGCCAAUGAUUGCCUAGCCAUAACAGAUGAAGUUUACGAGUAUAUAACAUUUGGUGAUGCAAAACAUGUAUCUCUUGCCUCAGUUCCGGGAAUGUGUGGGAGGACAAUCAUCACAUCUUCCCUGUCUAAAACGUUUUCUGUUACAGGUUGGAGGAUUGGUUGGGCAAUUGCUCCUGCUUUUAUUGCCUCUGCAAUGAGAAACAUUCAUGUUAGAAUUACAGACUCUGCUCCUGCCCCUUUUCAGGAAGCUGCCUUGAUUGCAUUGCGAAGUCCUCCGGAAUAUUUCGAGUCACUAAGACAAGACUACGAAUCAAAAAGAGACUUUAUCCUUAAGUUGCUUGCCAAUAUCGGAUUUCAAGUUCAGUUUGAACCUCAAGGCUCGUUUUUUUUAUUUGCAGAACUCCCCAAAAGUUGCACACUUACUGAUGUUGAUUGUGUUGAGGAACUGAUAAAACGAGCCGGAGUGGUGGCGGUGCCAGGAUGUGGAUUUUUUCAAACGAAUUCAUCGAGAGAGAAGCGCAUCGAGGAAGAUUGUAGCUAUCAAAAUAGAUAUAUCAGGUUUGCUUUCUGCAAGAGUAAUGCCACUUUGACUUCUGCUGCACAAAAACUCAAUGAAGCAAAUUUUGAGUUUCUUAAGAUGAACUGAUUCUAGUGGAGCAAGGUGGUUAGUUGUUACCAUGAAAUAAAAGUUUGAGAUACCUUUUCAAGAGGCACUUUAUUCCAUACAUAGUUAAAAGGCAUAUGAAUAGGAUAAAUUAUUUAAUGAGAUCAUUCCAAUGUGGCUGUCUCAUAAUAAAUUGGUGAAUGUGGAUUAAAAAAUCGAGAUAUUCUUGAAUAAUCAUUGGAUGUGAAUUCAAGAUGU